AUUUAGUAUACACGCCUUAGCGGAUAAUUUCAUGACUUAUAGUGACGUUUCGUUGUAUAAAAGUUCAUUAGGGUAAACUAUCAAUGUGUAACUACCUUAUCACAGAUGUUUCUACAAAGAGACUCUUCCUGUUUACAACUCUCACUAUCUGGGGCGGCUCUGAACAUCGAUAAAUUCACUUUUCCGGAUUAUUUCUCUGGACCCGCUCGGUUCAGCAGACCGGCACUGUAAAAACUGUUUUUCCAACAUCGUACUACUUUACACAAAGAUGAGGCUGCUCUGUAGCUGCAGUGUUCUGCUACUGCUCGUCCUCAUCCCAAGGGAAUGUGAAAGUGGAAACAUCUUGGUCCUUCCUACAGAAGGCAGCCAUUGGGUAAACAUGGAUGUUAUACUUCAAGCUUUGCAUGCAAGAGGACACAGUCUCACAAUCCUGCGUUCCAGCAAAAGCUGGUACAUCAAGGAGAAGUCCUCCUAUUACCGCACCUACACAGUCGAAACAGAGAGAAGCUUGGAUCAGAAAUUUAUAACAAAAAUCAUUAGAGAUACCCUUGAAUUUGAGAGGGGGGCUCUUCCUUUGACCAGUUUUCUCCACACAACCUUUGGAAUGAUUGGUGUGUUUUUAGAUGCCCACACUGCUGUGGCUGAGGCAGUAACAGGGAUCCUAGAUGACAAAGCACUGAUGAAAACCCUGAAUGAAAGUAAGUUUGACUUGGUGCUCACUGACCCCUGCUGGGGUGGAGGAUCUAUAUUGGCCAAAUAUUUGAACCUUCCUUUGGUUUAUAAUGUGCGUUGGCUGAUAGGUGAGGAGGCUCACAUGGCUAUUGCUCCUUCUCCUCUAUCAUAUAUUCCUAUAACAGGAACCGGCAACACUAACAAGAUGACCUUCAUGCAGAGAGUCAAAAACAUGCUUAUGUAUAUAGCAACCAGAGCACAAAAUGAAAUGGUUGCUCAGCGAAUAUAUCAGAAAAUCUGUGACAAAUAUCUUGGGCCUGGUAUUGAUUAUACAGAGUUAAUGCUUGAUGCAGAUAUUUGGCUCAUGAGAGCUGAUUUUGUUUUUGAAUUUCCUCGUCCCACCAUGCCCAAUGCCAUCUAUAUGGGAGGAUUUCAAUGUAAACCUGCAAAAGCACUUCCUGCAGACCUGGAGGAAUUUGUGCAGAGUUCUGGAGAGCAUGGAUUCAUCCUCAUGUCUCUGGGGACUUUUGUGAGCGAACUCCCCGCCGACAUAACAAAUGAGAUUGCUGCAGCUUUUGCUAAAGUACCUCAAAAAGUCAUCUGGAGACACAAAGGUGACAAACCAACUACUCUGGGAAACAACACAUUGCUGGUGGACUGGAUGCCACAAAAUGAUCUGUUGGGACAUCCCAAGAUUAAACUUUUUGUGGCUCAUGGGGGAACCAACGGAGCUCAAGAAGCCAUGUAUCAUGGAGUUCCAGUUGUGGGUCUACCCUUAUUUUUCGACCAAUAUGACAACUUGCUGCGACUGAAAGAGAGAGGAGGGGCUGAGAUCUUGAGCGUUCAAACAGUAGACAAAGAUGACAACUUCCUGAAAGCCAUACAGGCAGUCCUGAACGAGCCGUCUUACAGGACCAACAUGCAGAAACUCUCCAGGCUUCACAGAGACACUCCCAUGAAGCCCAUGGAUAGCGCCCUCUUCUGGAUAGAGUUUGUCAUGAGACACAAAGGUGCAGGUCACCUGAAAGCACAGUCCUAUAAGAUGCCCUGGUACUCCUACCACUCGGUUGACGUCUUUUUAUUCAUGGGUUGCGUCGUGCUUCUUUUGCUUUUAACUACUGUCAUGCUGCUAAGAUGUUUAUGCACUAAAAUGUGCAGGAAAAAAGUGAAACAUGAGUAAUCAUUCAAGAGAAAUCCAUUUACACAUUUGACGAAUAGAUGAUACAUGAAGUCAAAUUUUUAGGAUAGUUUUAUGUGAUGUUUAGAUUUAUCAGACAUCUGACUGAUAAUACUUAAUCUCAACUGUAUGAAAAAUUACAUAAGGUUUGGCGCCAUUCAUUCAACUCUGAUGCUGUUUGAUAAGGGAAAAUCUUAAGUGGGAUAUUUUGGUUGAUCAUAAUAUAUGUGGUGUUUGUAUGCAAUUAAUGAAUGUUGUGACCUUUGUCACAAGCAAUAUUGUCUGAAUAAAAUACUGAAUUGA